AUUGAACGGACCUGUUUGAUGUGACAGGACCCCGAGAAAGGCCAUCGGCACCCGGUGGUCGUGGUGUUCCCGGGCGGCGCGUACGACUGGGGGACGGUCCGGGCGUUCGACGGCACCGGCCUGGCCGAGGAGGAGGUGGUGGUGGUCACGGUCAACUACAGAAUGGGAGUCUUCGGGUUCCUGAGCACGGACGAUGACGAGGCUCUCGGCAACUACGGCCUGCUGGACCAGAUCGAGGCUCUGAAGUGGAUCCAGGACAACAUCAAGAGGUUCGGAGGCGACCCCAAACACGUGACGAUCAUGGGCACAGCGGCGGCCGCCAACCUGGUCUCUCUGCAUCUCAUCUCCCCUUACAGUGAAGGUCUGUUCCACGGUGCCAUCAUGAGCAGUGGUAACAUGAUGUCUCCCAGCGCCGUUCUGCUGCCCCCCUACAAGGCUGUGGACAUCGCCACUGAGCUGGCUGAGAAGCUCGGCUGCUCUACAGAGUCCACCAAGGACAUCGUCAGCUGUCUCCGGGAGAAGACUGCAGAUGAGCUGGUGGCCACGAAAGUUACGGGUCCCCCCAUGAUGGCUCUGGGCGCCUUCUCCCCCACCAUUGACGGUCCAGGCGGAGUCAUCGCCGCCUCUCCCAGGAAGAUGCUGGAGAGUAACCAGUUCAUCAAGGUUCCCAUCAUGGUGGGCACCACGGACAAAUGGUCUUCCAGUUCACUCAAGGACGUCAAGGGUAUCGAGUUCGGCUUGAGUUCGGACAUGGCCGAGACCUUCCGGAAGGAGUUUGCCGCGCGCUACCCCGAGGGGCCCCGCUCGUCCAUCAGCGACCUCAUCAACUUCGAGUACACGGACUUCGACAGAUUGCACGACCCCGCAGCCAUCAGGGAUAACAUCAUCAGGGGUACUGCGGACUACUACAUCAACUCAGGCAUGGUGUACCAGGCUGCCGCCCAUGCCGCUGCCGGUGGCCACGUCUGGAUGUACGAGUUCCACCACGUCUCCGAGAACAACCCCCUGCCCAGGUGGAUGGGAGCGCACAAAGCGGACGACCAGGUGUUCUUGUUCGGGCCGAAGCUGAUAGACGCCGAGGACAGGUAUGAGUUCGACGAGACCGACGAGGGCGUGCACGACAUGAUGGUCCACUUCGUGUCCAGCUUCGCGCGCACCGGGGAGCCGACCCCUGACCAGGCUGCCGAGGUGAAGUGGCCGCAGUACCAGGGAGACAACCAGGAGUACCUGGAGAUCCGCAGCGUCAAGAAAACCGACACCGACAACUUCUUUAAGGCGAAGAAGACGGCCCUCUGGACCUUCUACGUCCCCAAGUUGCUGUACGACGCCGCAGAGGAAGGAGAGAGGGACCACAUCAACCCCUUCGGCGGUGCUCCUUAAGAGGCUUUCCUAAGAUACCGAAUGUCAGACCAGGGGAACAUCCAAACUCUACAUGUUCCCCCAUGUCAGACAUCUUGAAAGAUUAGUUGUAACGUUUUCAUGACAUAUCACAGAAACUUGUAUGUUGGCCACGAGCUGACAGAUGUUCUAUUAUGAUUUGUGAUAAAUAUUUGUACAUUGAUAUAGGAAUGAGGAGGAAGUGAAAGUGUUCUGAUGUUCCCUGUACUAUCUUUUAACUCUCAUUUGUGGUAAUUAGAGACGAAAUACUCCGAGUAAAUUGCUGAUACCCAUUCCUUCCUGCUAAGUAAUAGCUGCUUGGUUUUGUUAUUGCAACAGAGAAAGAGCAAAAUGCCUAUUAAAGUGGUCCGUGGAUCUCAA